AAAAACGCGUCGUUUGGUGGUAGAAGCAGAUGUAGCAUUUUUGGGUGAAAUAAACAUUAUUUAUUAAUCAAACGCUAGCAGUGCAGCAGAAAACAACAGCCUAGUUUAAAACAAGGAAGUGAAGAAGCCAAUUUUCAAUUUAAACAAUCCUUAAGAAAGUGAGCAUAUUGCAGUAAUAAUAAAACCAUGGCCAGACGCGACUAUGCCCAGGACAAAGAGGCCAUCAAGGCUUUCCUCGGUGAAUUUUGCAAACAAGACGACGACGGCAAGAAACAUUUUGUGUAUGCCCAACAAUUGGUGAAAAUAGCUCAUCGUGAACAAGUUUUAUUGACCAUAGACUUGGAUCAUCUGGCGGAAUUUAAUGAAGGCCUGGCUGAGGCUGUUGUUAGCAAUAGCAGACGCUAUGCUGCCCUUUUCAGCGAUGUUAUUGCGGAAAUGCUACCAAACUUUAAAGAGCGGGAAGUACAUGCCAAGGAUGCGUUGGAUGUGUACAUCGAGCAUCGUCUGCUAAUGGAAUCACGCAGUCGCAAUCAAAUGGAACAACAUGACCAACGCAAUCAUUUCCCUCCCGAAUUGAUGAAGAGAUUUGAAGUUGGUUUCAAGCCCCAGUCAAAUGUCAAGGCCCAUUCGAUUCGCGAAAUAAAGGCAGAACAUAUUGGCAAAUUGGUAACAGUUCGGGGUAUUGUUACUCGAUGUACAGAAGUUAAGCCCAUGAUGGUUGUUGCCACUUAUACGUGUGAUCGCUGUGGCUCAGAAACAUAUCAGCCCGUCAACUCCUUGUCGUUUACACCUAUUAGCGACUGCCCCUCGGAUGAUUGUCGUGUUAACAAAGCAGGAGGUCGCCUUUACUUACAAACGCGUGGUUCGAAAUUUGUAAAAUUCCAGGAAAUAAAAAUUCAGGAGCACAGCGAUCAAGUCCCAGUGGGUCAUAUACCCCGAACAAUGACAAUAAUGUGCCGUGGAGAAGUUACACGUAUGGCACAACCCGGUGAUCAUGUUUUAAUUUCUGGUACCUUCUUACCACUGCUGCGUACUGGUUUCCAACAAGUUAUACAGGGUCUUUUGUCUGAAACAUUCCUUCAGGCAUAUCGCAUCGUAUGUAUUAACAAGAACGACGAAAUAUCUGACAAAGAUUCUGAAUUAACUCCAGAAGAAUUGAAUGAAUUGGCCCAGGAUGAUUUCUAUGAACGCCUGGCUACAAGUUUGGCGCCUGAAAUCUAUGGUCACUUGGAUGUUAAGAAGGCCCUAUUGCUACUCUUAGUAGGUGGCGUAGAUAAACGACCAGAUGGUAUGAAGAUCAGGGGUAACAUAAAUAUCUGUUUGAUGGGUGAUCCUGGUGUCGCCAAAUCUCAGCUGUUGGGUUAUAUAAGUCGUUUAGCCAUUCGUUCUCAAUAUACUACUGGCAGAGGUUCAUCUGGCGUUGGUUUGACCGCUGCUGUUAUGAAAGAUCCUCUAACCGGUGAAAUGACUUUGGAAGGCGGAGCACUGGUUUUGGCUGAUCAAGGUGUUUGUUGUAUUGAUGAAUUUGAUAAAAUGGCUGAAGCAGACCGUACAGCUAUUCACGAAGUGAUGGAACAACAAACAAUAUCAAUUGCUAAAGCUGGUAUUAUGACAACACUUAAUGCCAGAGUUUCAAUUUUGGCUGCAGCCAAUCCUGCAUUUGGUCGUUAUAAUCCCCGACGUACAGUUGAACAGAACAUUCAACUUCCAGCGGCUUUGCUGUCUCGUUUUGACCUGUUAUGGCUUAUACAAGAUAAACCAGAUCGUGAUAACGAUUUACGUUUGGCCAAACAUAUAACUUACGUGCACAGUCAUUCAAAACAACCUCCUACACGAGUUAAGGCCCUGGACAUGAAUCUAAUGCGUCGUUAUAUCAAUCUGUGUAAGCGUAAAAAUCCCACCAUCCCCGAUGAAUUGACUGAUUACAUUGUGGGAGCUUAUGUUGAGCUAAGGCGAGAAGCUCGUACUCAAAAAGACAUGACCUUCACUUCAGCACGUAAUCUUUUGGGUAUAUUACGUUUAUCGACAGCAUUGGCACGUUUGCGUUUGUCCGACAAAGUGGAGAAGGACGAUGUUGCAGAAGCCCUACGCUUGUUGGAGAUGUCGAAAGAUUCGCUUAAUCAAAUACAUGAACAUCAAAAGGGACAUGUGCCCAACACCUCGGAUAAGAUAUUCGCUGUUGUUCGUGAAUUGGCUGGUAGCAAUAAUACUGUUAAAAUCGCCGAUGUUAUGGAUCGUUGCACAACCAAAGGUUUUAAGCCCGAUCAGGUGGAUAAAUGUAUUGAAGACUAUGAAGAACUUAACGUUUGGCAGGUCAAUAUGGCUCGUACUAAGAUCACUUUUAUGUAAAUGCCAAAUUGGUUUUUAAUCUACUUGGAGUGUGGUUCUACUCACUCUAAUAUUUAAAUUGUUCCCUUACGUUUAUCUAGAAUUAAGUGAUUGUUUUUCAAGCGUACAUUUCUUUUAAUAAAACCAUACGAUUUUGAUAACCAUAA